ACCCAUACACCUGACUACACCUAAGCCAGCUGUUCCAUUAUCCACCAGAGGAGAUCCAUACUGAGCCUUGGCAAAAACAAAAAUUCUCCUCUGCUGUGAAAGUCUUAACUACUUGUGUUCUUUUCCUCCUAUGGAAGAUGGGGAAUUCGUAUGCUGGACAACUGAAGACAACGCGUUUUGAGGAAGUUCUGCACAAUUCCAUCGAGGCUUCUCUGAGAUCCAACAACUUGGUCCCUAGACCCAUAUUUUCCCAGCUCUACUUAGAAGCUGAACAGCAGUUAUCAUCCCUGGAAGGUGGUGUGGACAACGAUGAUGACGAUGAAGACGAUGAUGUUUCUGGGUCAAGCAGUCCAGCCCAUUCAUAUCUGAAUAAACCCCCACCGGAAGGCUGCUGCACGACUGAUGGUUUUUGUCAGGCCGGUAAAGACUUGAGAUUGGCGUCCAUUGCCUCCGAGCAGUUUGAAGUGCCUCCUGGAUUCUUAUUGGUUGGUGCAAAGUCGCCUAGUUUACCAGAUCAUAUUCUGGUGUGUGCUGUGGACAAGAGAUUUCUACCAGAUGACAACGGCCGCAAUGCACUGCUAGGAUUUUCGGGCAAUUGUGUUGGAUGUGGAGAGAAGGGCUUCCGUUACUUUACCGAGUUCUCCAACCACAUUAACCUUAAGCUGACCACACAGCCCAAGAAGCAGAAACACUUGAAGUAUUAUCUCAUCAGGAACGCGCAGGGAUGCUUGACCAAAGGCUCUCUUAUUUCCUGGAAGGGGACAGAGGUAAGGAGCCGCCAUUCUUCUUCAAGCAUGUGUUCAAGCACUGGAAUCGCCCUGCUGGACAAUUCUGUGCUGAGUAAGAUGAGUGACCCCUCUAUAAAUGUGACCAACGGCAGUGCUCUGGCAGGAGAAAAUGGAUUUCCCCAAGUGCAGAAUGGAACGUGUUAUCAGAAUAUGAACGGCACAUGUCAGCAGCCGACAAGGGUGAAUCCAUCUACACAGACCAGACCAGCAGUAUUAGGAAAUGUCACCAACUCUGGACCUCCCAAGAAACGCCACAAAGGGUGGUCACCAGAGUCACCCUCCUCCACAGAUACCAGCUAUCCACAAAACAACUAUCACAAUACAAGUAGCUUCGGAAAAGUCGAUACCAUAGGUCAGCUGAGUGUGCCACAGUCCACCACUGGCAACCCUCUGUCUUCUCCCCUGGUGACCACCGGAGAGCCUGUGUCCAUCCCAGACAACCUUCUGAAGACAUGCAUGAUUAAACCAGUCAUUUUUAAAGGUCAUGGUAACUUCCCUUAUCUCUGUGGUAAUGUGAACGAGGUUAUCGUCAGCCCCCUCUUGUACAACUGCUACAAGAACUCCCAGUCCAUGCCAAAAACCUAUGAACAAUAUGGACCCACCACCAUCCAGCCAAUCUCGGAGGAAAUGCAGCUGCUGCUUACAGUCUAUUACCUCGUCCAGCUCGCUCCAGACCAGGUGCCUCUCAUAGAAGAUCUAGAACACAUUUUAAUGCGUUCGUGGAGGGAAACACACCUCACUGAGAUUCGUCAGUACCAGCAGAACAUGUCCCAGGCGUUCCCCCACUUCCCGAGCCUUGUGACUGCCGUGACUGCCUCUCAGUUGCCUUGGUUAGCGGGCCUGGCUGCCAGUUCCUGUAAUGAAAGCGUAAAAAUCAUUGAAUGCAGCUACUCCUUAACGGAAGGUCUCACCGAAAUGUUCAAACUUCUGGUGGAGGGGAAACUGGAAAAGACCAACUAUGUGGUGAUAAUCUGCACAUCUAGACCCAGCAUAGACUCCUGCAUCGUGAUCACAGGAAAAUACCAGGCUCGUACAUUAAUUGAAAGUAUGUACUCCCCAGCGGACUACCUGAAGGAAAUAAACUAUGAACUGACAAGUGGGAAGGUGGAGUCCCUACGAGCGUUCUUCAGCAGCUUCUGUCCCGAUGGAGACAUUGAUGUCCUGUUGGAUAAAUACCAUCAAGAAAACCACAGCCUCAUUUCUUCAACACCAAAAAAAUCAAGUGGCGAGAGCAGACCAGCCGCAUGCUCCAGUUAUAAUACAGAGUGGCACCAGCUGCGGCCCUCUCAGUUGGCGGUGGCGCAGAAGCUGCUGUCUCACGUGUGCUCUAUCGCAGACUCCAGCACCCAGAACCUUGACCUGGGAUCUUUUGAGAAAGUAGAUUUUCUUAUUUGUGUUCCCCCGUCGGAGGUCACUUACCAGCAAACCCUGUCUCUUGUCUGGAGUUCAGGAGUUCUGCUGGAACUGGGCUUAGAGAAGGAUCAGCUGACUAAGCAGUGCAUGGAGCAAUACGUCAUGAAACUUGAUGCUGACGCACCCAGGAAAUUCAAGUCAUUUCUUCAAAAGGCCAUGCAGAAUCCACACACACUGUUCGUCCUGGUUCACGACCACGCUCACUGGGAUCUUACCAGCAGCUCCCUUUACAAUCCCUAUCCUCACAGGGAGGCGUCCUUCGGAUUAGUUGAUCGAUUGCUGAACUGCAGGGAAUUAAGGGAUUCAGCCAAUAUUUUACUUCUGCACGUGACAUCCUGCCCCUACGCUCUGCAGACGCAGAACACCCGUAUCAGCCCCUACAAUGAGAUCCACUGGCCUUCAUCAUACAGCCAUGGAAUGGAGCUGUACCAUGAAAACAGGAAGUACUUUGGCCUCUCGCAGUACAUCGACUCCACGCUGUCCGGGCACAGUCUUCCACUGCUGCGUCAUGACAGCUCCUUUGAAGCCAUUGUGUUGGGAUUAGGAAAAAGGUUUCCUAAGCUUCACAGCACCGUCAUAAGGACAUUUCUUCUCAUCCAGCACUACUCCUCAGCCAUGAUGGCCAUCUGUGGACUCUCUCAGAUGAAGAGCUAUACCUCAGUGGAAACUCUAGAGAUUGUUCAGAACCUUCUGAACUCGCCCAAGCAAUGUGCCAGCGGGCAUGGACUUAUGGUUCUCCUGAGAAUCCCUUGCAUUCAAUUAGCCACAUUGGCCCAUGAACGGCUCUGCCAUGUUAGAGAGCGGCUAGGUUUACAAAAUCGUUUUGAAGUAAUACUGGGGAUGGCCAACUCAGCAAUUACUAUUGGGAAGCACUUUGUGGACCAACUAAAGGUCUGGCAAAAGAAUGAGGAGGAAGACUGGCAGCCCCGAACAUACCUGGCACUAGAAGGACUUCCAUGUAUUUUGAUCUGCAGCGGGAUGGAGCCCCUUGGUGAAUCCUUGCCAAGGUCCUUACGAUACUGUGACCUCCGUCUAGUACAGUUUUAUAAUUGGGAAAGAACAGCGAUAGAACAGGAGCUGGGAUUUGCCUCUUGUUUUCUCAAUUCAGAUGCACCUCAAGACAAAGGACUGGGCAGGGAUGUCCCGGACAGUGACCCAGAAAAACUAAGUAGCACUGACAAUGAGGACGAGGAGAUGGGGAUAGAUGGGUCUAAUUCGGAGAAACUGAGCCCUAGCAAAAGACAAAGAUCUCCAUCAGAUGAUUCUGCCUCAUCAUCUCUGUGUUCAAAAGCCUCUGGUUCAGUUGUCUGCAAUGAAUCGUCAUAUUCAGCAAUGGCGGAUGACAACACCAAACCAACGCAACAGUCAAGAGUCUCCAACAGUGAGGACUGCACCACAGAAAAACUGAACGUGCUACCUGAUAAUAAUGUGAAGAAACACUCUGUAGUCACCAGUGAACAACCAGACAGCAACAGCUUCAGUCACACUGUGAAGAACACUCCAGGCUCAGCUUCUACACCCUCCUCGACUUCAUCUUCUUGCUUUCAGAGUGGACCCGGCCUACAGAUUUCACAAUGCGCCAUGGCCAAGGCCUAUAAACAGCUGCCGGUGGUGUUCCUUCCAAAACUGGUGUAUGACAUCAUCACCUCCACUGACAGCAGCGGACUCUCCAAGGCAUCUUCUUUUCUACCACGUUGUGACGUCUCGUGGGCCAGUUCUUUCCGCCCACUGUUAAGUAAGAUGAUGACCUGCACAGAGCAGUCGUUGUAUUACCGCCAGUGGACGGUACCCAAACCGAGCCAUAUGGACUACUACAAUGUCAAUGAGGGUAGAAUGGAUACCUUCCAUCCCAGGAGACUCCUGCUUAGUGGACCACCACAGGUGGGGAAGACAGGCGCAUAUCUCCAGUUCCUGAGUGUCUUGUCCAGGAUGCUCAUCAGGUUGACUGAGGUGGAUGUGUACGAUGAGGAGGAGACUAAUGGCGACCUGAAAUCCAAGCCUGACCAGCCUUUCCAUCAAACACAGGACAUGUGGCCAAAUGUGGAUUCAGUGAUGAGGAUGGACUUCGAUUAUAUUCUGCAUGACCCUAAAUAUGAAGAUGCAAGUGUGAUUUGUCCUAAGGUCCAGAAUAUCAACCAAGAAGAUAAACACACUAAUAGGAGACAUGAAGACAUUUAUGUACGACGCCCAACAACACGGAUGAGACUAUCUAAAUAUGCUUCAUACAAUACCUACCACCACUGCGAGCAGUGCCAUCAGUACAUGGGAUACAACCCCAGGUUUCAGAUGUACGAGUCUACAUUACAUGCUUUUGCAUUCUCCUAUUCCAUGUUGGGGGAGGAAAUCCAGCUUCACUUCAUCAUACCUAAAUCUAAGGAGCAUCAUUUUGUCUUCAGCCAGCCUGGGGGCCAGCUGGAAAGCAUGAGGUUGCCGCUUAUCUCAGGCAAGAGCGCUGACAGUGUAAAAAGUCCAAUCUUCACCCCAACGACAGGACGCCAUGAACACGGUCUCUUCAACCUGUACCAUGCCAUGGACGGCAGCAGCCAUCUGCAUAUUCUAGUCGUCAAAGAGUAUGAGAUGGCAAUCUAUAAAAAGUACUGGCCAAACCACAUAAUGUUGGUCCUGCCCAGUAUAUUCAAUAGUGCCGGAGUGGGGGCGGCUCAUUUCCUAAUUAAAGAGCUCUCAUAUCAUAACCUGGAGCUGGAGCGGAACAGACAAGCCGAGCUGGGUGUCCCCCACCAAGACGUGUGGCCCUUCAUAGCCAUAGCUGAUGACUCCUGCGUGAUGUGGAACUCUGUAGAUGUUAAUGUCACUGGAGAUCAUCCAAGGGACUUCUCCUGGCAUGAAAGAAAUGUGUCUUUAAAACAUAUACUACAGCACAUGGAGGCCACGCAGAACAUAGCCCAGUACGCCAUGCUUGGGAUAAGGAAAUGGACAAGCAAGACUAAAAACAUAGACAUGAUGGAUCCCUUCUCCCGCUGUCACCUGCAUGACUUCAUCCUCCUAAACGUGGACCUGACACGGGACGUACAGUACAACCAGAACAGGUUCACGUGUGAUGAUGUGGACUUUAAUCUACGAGUCAACAGCUCUGGGCUCCUCAUGUGUCGCUUCAAUCACUUCAGUGUCAUGAAGAAGCAGAUAGCGGUCGGAGGACACCGCUCUCUGCAUAUAAAACCAAAGGUCCAUGAUUCGUCGCUGUCUGUUUCCUCGGCUCACUACAUCUGCGCUCCCGAUAGUAAGCACACCAUCCUGGCCGCCCCCGCUCAGCUACUGCUGGAGAAAUUCCUCCAGUUUCACAGUCAGCGAUUCUUUCCUCUGUCAGUAAAUAACCGCAGCCACCCGGUGCUUGUGGUGGAUUGUUACCUGAACCUUGGACCCCAGAUUUCAGUCUGUUACGUCAGCUCACGGCCCCACUCGGUUAACAUUACCUGCCCCGACAUGGCGUUCAGUGGGCUCCUGCUACACCUCUGUGACUCUUUUGUUGUUGCCAGUUUCUUGAAGAAGUUUCAGUUCCUUAAAGAUGCCACCCUGUGUGUUGUCUGCCAAGACCGCAACGCCCUCCGUCAGACCGUAGUGAGACUGGAGCUGGAGGACGAGUGGCAGUUCCGUCUGCGAGAUGAGUUCCAAACAGCCAACGCCAAGGAAGACAAACCCUUAUUCAUCUUGACUGGUCGCCAUGUUUAAAAAUACGGUGGCUCGAAAUCCCCCCAGGGGCAUACGGCUGAACCCUAUAGGACAGGACUAUUUUAUGUUUUGCACUGGACAGAACUGUUACACUGUCGGCGCUGACAAACAGCAAUGCCUGGCGUGAUAACACGGACAAACUCAUCACUUACAUUCCUAGUUUUAUUUAUAUGUAAUAUGUAUUUGUAUAUAUUUUAGGCACUGAAU